AUGGCAAAGCAAGAGAAAGACGAAACUCAGCUAGCAGCCGCCAGAAAGCUCAGCAAUGUCCCCUGGUGCGACCAAUACGAACGAAUGAUCAGCGGCAUGCUCUACGACUCCUUCACCCCAACCCUCUCCGCCGCCCGUUUCCUCGCCCGAAAAUGGUGUCACGAAUACAAUACCUCCUUUCCCGGCUCCAAUAUGGACGAACUAUCCGCCGCACGCUACGACUCCAUGAAGCAGAUCAUCGGCUCCCUCGGUCCAGACGCCUACAUCGAGCCGCCGUUCUACCUCGACUACGGCUGCAACACGACCAUCGGCUCGAGAUUCUACGCAGGAUUCAACUUCACGAUUCUCGACUGUGGGCUCGUUACUAUCGGCGAUAGGGUGAUGAUUGGACCGAAUGUGUCGAUCUUCGCGGCGACGCAUGAGACGGAGGUGGAGUCUCGACGGCAGGAUAUUGAGUGUACGGCUCCGGUGGUUAUUGGUUCUGAUUGCUGGAUUGGUGGGCAUGUGGUUAUUUUGCCGGGCGUGACGAUCGGGGAGGGGUGUACGAUUGCUGCGAGCUCGGUUGUGAGUAAGAGUAUUCCGUCGUGGAGUGUGGCGAUGGGAAGUCCGGCGAAGGUGGUGAAGAAGGUGAAGGAGCUGGAGCCGAUGAAGUAA